AUGAAGUUGGCCAGCGCAUCCCUCGCUGCUUGCCUCGCAGUACUGCCUACCGCCUGGUCGUUACCGAACAAUCUCUCGAUCCACCAGUUCAAACUCCCAACGUGCGCAGCAGCCUCCUGUCUAAAGUCCACAAACGGCCUGUUCGAUGGCUGCCCGCCUUCAGAUCUCGCAUGUCUAUGCCGUCUCGAGCAAACCGAAAUCGCCCGCUACGUGAGCACCGUGCAGACGUGCAUUGACGGCGACGAGGGCAAAGCCGCAUGCACAGAGGGUGCGCGAUACCAAUACAAGUCCGUUCUCAAGACCGUUUGCGCCAACGAACAAUUUGGCAACAAAACUGUCAACUUUGCACAAGUCACUCCCCCUGCUUGA